AUAAAUUUGAUAAAUUUCCACAAAGAUCAAACGGCGUCGUGGCGAGGGUGCUGCUCUCUCGUCCUCUCUUCAACCUUUUCAUGAACUCUUUCCUUGUUUGAAACCCCUAUUCUGUGUUCAAAAAAAAAAAACCCCUAUUCAUCCAAGCUCCACCUAUCUGCAGUUCAGGCUGAGGUAAGGAAUAUGGAUUCAGAUACAUGGGAGAUCAUCCAUAUACCUGAUAAGCCUACAUUCUCACCUGAGCAUCAGCCUACUUUGAAGGUGUUUGCGAGUGUAAUCAAACCCAAGUUUGCCAAUACUAUUGUGAGGCAGUUAUGUAAGAUUGCUCCUCUAGAAGAUCUUCGUCAUGUAAAAAGGGUGCGGAAGAAGCUUCUUCCAGAUCACGGUGAACCUCAGUUAACUGUCAUCUUAUGUCUAGCACCUGAGGACAACGAUCAUCUGAACGAUAUGCCACCUGAUGUACUUAAACUUGUCGACCCGUAUGAGUUGAGUCCUUUUAUUACACAAGUUUGCAAAUAUGCUGCCGUGUCGAAAGAAGAGUGGGAAGAACAAUGUAAAAUAUGGCCAACCUCGUUUCAUCCCCCAACCUACAAUAUAGAUGGCAUUGGUGGAUUCAGUGAGGAGGACACACAAUCAAUCUGCAAGUUCAUGAGAGUUGCUAUUGAUUUGGCCGUAUCUGGUCAUAAGCCACUUGUAAAUGCUGCAGUGAUAGUUGAUCCUUCGGUUAGGAAAAUAAUAGCUAGUGAAACUGAUCAAGCAUAUCCAUCCUCUGCUCCUCACGACAUGACCAGCGCAGAGACCAUAUCUAAUCACUGUCAGAGUAUUGACAGAAUGAGUAACGUUAGCUCGGAGAUAUGGUUAAACGGCAUACUUGAGAAACUGAAUGGUUCAUUUUCUACUGUUGCUUGUCUGAAUCCUUGGCACUGGAGUUUGCAGUCACAUGACAGUGAUAGCCAAUGGCACCCUUUAACGCAUGCUUCUAUGGUUGCUAUUGAUUCUUCUUCCGCAAGAGAUAGGUAUCUGUUUCCCAACUCAACAGAUAGUUUCAUUCCUGAUCAUUCUCAGCCCUCAGAUGCUGAUUGUCCAGCUAAAAAACAGAAAACAAACAGUCACAGUCCAGAGGUCUUAAAUGGCAACAAGGAAGCUCUUAGAGAUCCUUCAAUAGAAAAGCCUUACCUCUGCACCGGUUAUGACAUUUUCUUGGUUUGGGAGCCUUGUACAAUGUGUGCUAUGGCGCUUGUGCAUCAAAGAAUAAAACGAAUCUUCUAUGCUUUUCCAAACCCCACAGCAGGCGGUCUCGGAAGUGUUUAUAGACUGCAAGGAGAAAAGAGUUUAAAUCACCACUAUGCAGUGUUCAGAGUUUUGCUGCCAGGGGGUGCCCAUAAUGCACUACAUCAACAUCUUAAACACGUUACAGCCGAGUCAUGAUGAUUGUAUUACAAGUUCUGAUUUAGUAAGCUGCUUCUUUGUUCUUAACUUGUUUUUUACUAUGUAGUUGUCAGAAAACCUGUAUUUUAGGGAAACAACAUAAACGUGAAAGAACUUUAUAAGAAACUUAUUUUUACUGGUUA